AUGUCGCUCCGCAAAAGGUCUUGCUUAUCAUGUGUUGCAGCCAAACGUCGGUGCGACCUGGAAAGACCCAGUUGCGCCCGCUGUCGGAAGAAGAGCGCUGCGUGUCGGUACCCAUACCCGCCUCCACAGAAUGCAGAGGAUCAGAUCACAGCACCCGAGGACCGCCAACAUACCCGUAAUGCCAGCAACUCUGGUAUCUUGGAAGCAAGCGAUAUCAUGCUUGUAGAUAGCCGCAUAGACCGAUCUACGAAUCUCUACCCUAGAGAGGAAUAUUUCGACCCACUCCUAUGGUUGCCGGACGGUCCGACGAGCCCAACUCAGGCCUGGGCCAUAGAACCGGACGAGUGGUUGUCUCUCAGAAGGGCAUUAGAUGGAUCAUCAUCCGCAUUGCUACCCCGACUGGAACGCAGAGUCUUGGAGUUUUGGCCUCGGGUCAACGAUACGCAAACCUGGCGCUUUUGCAUCCGAACGUUUCUAGGCUAUGUCGAUCAUUUCUUGAACACCGGCACACUGCCUCUCGUUGAGUCACUGUCAAACCGUCAAGGGGAUCUUUCGCCUGUUCUGCUGGAAGCCUAUGGAGUUUGUGCCGCAUAUCGCACCUGUCAGCGUGCAACCCAGCCUUUUUACCUCCAGUUGUUAAAGACAGGAAUCAAUAAUGCGGGCACGAGAGACUUGUCACAAGCGGAACUACAGCAUCAACUGGAUCACCUACAAGCUUCGAUUCUAUAUUAUGUUCUUUUCCUUGCGGGUGGUGUCAGUGAUCAGUCCAUGUUUAUCCAGCUGGACUACAUGUUAGCGCAGACAACAGCCAAUCUAGAACGAAGAGAAUUAGAACUUCGGCAGACAUCUUUCGCGAACUACGUGGAGAAUCGAGUGCUUUGUGAAAAUUCUCGGCGACUCAUCUUGGUGUCUUACCUCGUGCGUGCUGUCCAUGCCGUGGUCCACUUUCACAGAUGCGAUUUCAUCAAAUAUCUGGCUGGUCUACCGGUCUCCACUCAGUCAAACGCGGAUAUGUACAUAGAGAGGAAUUUUAGUGAAGGACAAACCCCUGCGCAACUGACAUCUGGGGUUGUGUCCUAUGAUGAAUUCAUUCCUUUUGCUGGUGGCGUGCAAAGGGUUGGACAUGGUGCAAGGGAAAGUACUUGGUAG